CGGAAGCUCCAGUCCCUGUUGCCCCUGUCCGGCCACCAGAGGUCCAGUACAGGCCCUUGCCCUAUAACGACGUAGACGGGGAAUCAAAUCAAGUGGCCGUAAAUACUGCGGAUUCCACAUCCCCUGUCUCCGAGGGCUUUAUUGCCGGUCCGAUGGGCGAACCCGUCCCCCCACGUCCAUUGACCCCCGACAGCGAUCCAGAAUACGCCGGCACCAUGAACAGCAGGCGGCCAGCUCAGCUGUCACAAGUUGCCGCGAAUGCCUUUACAGAUUCGAGUGUCUUCAGUAUCUCCGCGGAGGAGAGUUCACAUCGUUUCAAUUCCUCGGAGCUUGGCUACGUCCACCUCCCGCCCCUACCUUCCUCGCCGGCUCAAGCACCGAGUGAUCGAGAAACGUCCUCCGGUUCAUCAGCAAUCACCAGCUGGGUGCAACAACAAUCACAACCUGGAGGCUACUUUCAAGGCAGGGCGGAACGGAUUGAUGAUGGCAACGCCAUAACCCGUUCGUCCUCCGUCCCACCGUCGUCGUCGCUUUCAAGUGUAGCCCACGGCAGCUCACGAAUGUAUGACGAGGAACGCCUGAUCACUAGUCGGUACCACCAUGUUGAGGAUGAGAAUGGCCAUCACGUUGUGACCGGGAGAGAGGGAAAGCUCACUCGAUGUGAAGAUGAGCCUAUCCGCACCCCUGGGGCAAUACAGGGGUUUGGUGUGCUGAUUGCAGUUGACGAAGAUCCUGACAAAGGCACAUUGCUCGUCCGUCAAGUGUCAGAGAAUGCCACCGAAAUUCUUGGCCUAUCUCCGAAGUACUUGUUUUCGUUGGAGUGUUUUACCGAUGCCCUGCCAGAUACCCAAGCGGAUGUUCUCUGGGACAAUAUUCAGUUCCUAAGUGAACCGUAUGUAAACGCUGAUGGUCAGGAGGAUAGCCCCCACGUCUUUUUGCUCAGUGGCUGGGGUGAACCUGGCAGUGGUGAUGCCUCUAGCAAUCGUUCUCUAGGGCGGCGCGAGUGGACCUGCUGGUGUGCAUUGCAUCGAGCACCUGUAGUGCUUUCACCAGAAGUUGAUGCUGGAGCCAAAGCGGGAACCGGCCUCAUAGUGCUUGAGUUUGAGCUCGAGCUCGACACACUGCACGCUCUCUAUCCUAUCUCUAAUGACAUUGUUACGGGUAGUUUCUCGCCUUCCGAUAGUACUCCGGGUAGCGACUCCACCGGUGCUUCCAGUGAAACCUUGGUCUCAGCUGAUGUUGGCACGUCCACUGUCGUUGGUGCUAACAACUUCACUGCUGUCAGUCAAUGGCCAAGUGAACCUGUAGCGCAGACAAAUCCUGAAGAUGAAGAAUGGAAGCCGUCAGCGGAAGAUAUCCUCGAGAGCACAACCAACUAUGCGAAGCCCAUACCCGCAUUGGAACGGCUGCGUCGCUUGUCUUCUUCGGUCCCCAGUCGGUCUAAUCCACCAGCAAGUACGGGCCCGGGACGCAACAGACGCGGUCGACGAAAGGCUGGAGCUACUGGAGUCGGCAUGAUGGAUGUUUUCGCAGUUAUGGCUCAGAUUAACGAACAGUUGGGCUCGACCACCGAUUUGGAUAUGUGCUUGAAGGUCGUAGUCGGCAUCAUCAAGGACCUAACGCAGUUUCAUCGAGUAAUGGUUUAUCAGUUUGAUGAGGUAUGGAACGGUCAAGUCGUCGCGGAACUUGUGGACUGGAGUAAGACACAUGAACUUUAUAACGGUCUCCACUUUCCCGCGUCCGAUAUUCCCGCCCAGGCUCGUCAGUUGUAUACUAUCAACACAGUACGUAUGCUGUACGACCGAGAUCAACCGACAGCCCGCAUCGUUGUACGACAUACAGAUGAUCUCAAGGCACCUCUGGACAUGACUCACUCAUACUUGCGCGCCAUGAGCCCUAUACACAUCAAAUAUUUAGAGAACAUGGGUGUCCGAGCAUCAUUGUCGGUGUCGGUAAUUGCCUUUGGUCAACUAUGGGGUUUAGUUUCGUGCCAUUCCCAUGGAAGUCACGGAAUGCGUGUAUCUUUUCCUGUUCGGCAGAUGCUCCGCUUGCUCAGUCAAACUAUAUCACGGAACAUCGAGCGACUGAGUUAUUCACGUCGUUUGCAAACAAGGAGAUUAAUCAACCCCAUGACACCUGACAAUAGCUCAAGCGGAUAUAUCGUCUCGAACGCGGACGACCUUCUCACCUUAUUUGACGCUGACUACGGCAUUCUCGUUAUCGGCGAGGGUGCUAAAAUCUUUGGGCCGAAUCUUCAUGGGCAGGAGAUUCUGGCGGUGGCCGAGUACCUUCGCCUAAAGCAAUUCGAUACCAUACAAGUAUCUCAAGCACUCGUCAAGGAUUUCCCCGACUUGCAGCUUUCGACCGGCCUCGAAGUUAUUGCUGGCCUGUUGUACGUCCCUCUGUCAACUGGGGGUAACGACUUUAUCGCGAUGCUACGGAAAGGUCAGCCCCGUAACGUGAAGUGGGCAGGCAGACCAAAUAAGGUUCCAUCAAAGAGUCUUGAACCCCGCAAGUCGUUUAGGACGUGGUCUGAGACAGUGGCUGGUCGUUCUCGAGCAUGGACUGAGGAAGAACUUGAAACCGCUGGUGUUCUUGCCCUGCUGUACGGAAAGUUCAUCGAAGUCUGGCGUCAGAAGGAAUCAGCUCUGCAAACAUCAAACCUGACCAACCUUCUCUUAACUAACGCGAGUCAUGAAGUGCGGACGCCAUUGAACCAUAUCAUAAAUUACCUCGAGUUGGCCAUGAACUCUCAGCUUGACGGGGAGACUCGGGAUCACUUGUCAAGGUCGCAUACGGCAUCCAAGAAUCUCCUGUUCACCAUCAACGAUCUCCUAGACCUUACCCGGCUGGAAAGCGGCAAUGAAAUAUCGUUCAACGAGCCAUUCAACCUUCGUAAUGCUAUUGAGGAUGCUACCCGUAUAUAUAGCAAUGAGGCAGCCCGACGUCUCAUUGAUUUCCGUGUCAGCGCUUCGGAGGGUCCCAAAGGUGUACUCGGUGAUGUCAAAAAGAUCAAGACCGUGGUUGCAAACUUAACAGCGAAUGCACUCAAGUAUACAUCGAAGGGAUCCGUCAGUGUACACUGUCGUACAUUUGAGGAGCCUCAAGGACUUCGGCGAUCAUCGCAGACAGCCGUCGAGAUUGUAGUGGCGGAUACCGGGUGCGGCAUCCCUCCCGACAAGCUUCAAAGCAUCUUCCGGGAAUUUGAACAAGUCGAAUCUGCGGACCCGCGGGACCCUGUUCCGGGUGUCGGUUUGGGUCUUGCUGUGGUGGCAAGGAUAGUCGAACAAUUAGGCGGACAACUGCGGGUGGAAUCCACUGUAGGUGUUGGAAGCCGCUUUUCUUUCCUAAUUCCCUUGGAGCUGUCGAAUGUCGGCUCGGAUGCGUCAGGGUCGUCGUCCGCUCAGACGCGGUCCUCUUCAUCGCUGUGUCUUCAGUCACGAACCAACAGCCAAAGUUCAGGAAACGAGAUCGACAACAUUUUUGAAGCUUUUACCGGCUCGUCACUAUCCCCAAAUCGUCGAUCGCUGUCCGACCAUGGAAGUGAUCGGAUGCUACCAGCGUUGCCAGAGCCAUCAGCGAGAUUGCAGGCUGUUGACGACGACGUCGUCACAAAGCAUAUUGCUAGCAAAAAGAAAACAACCCAUACGUCGGUUCAUUCUCUCCAAACUGGAUCGGGGUUUCUCCCACCACUGAGAGUGCUCGUCGUGGAGGAUAAUGACAUCAAUCGAAAAAUCCUCUCGAAACGGCUAGAAAAGGACGGCCACGAUGUCGUCGGGACCACUAACGGCCAAGAGGGCCUUGACACAGUCAAGUCUGACUAUGGUUUUGACUGCAUACUCAUGGAUAUCCAAAUGCCAAUCUUAAAUGGCUUUGAAUCCACCGAGCAAAUCAGAAAGCACGAGACCACUCGUCCCCCACCCGACCAACUUCCCGAGGAGCAACGUCGUCAAUCCCAAGUGCUUAACGGGCGCAUACCCAUCUUCGCUGUCUCUGCUUCCCUAUUCGAAAAUCAACGCGGGGAGCUUCUCAGCUAUGGCUUUGACGGCUGGCUUUUAAAACCAAUCGAUUUUGACCGCCUUCGUGUCAUACUCAAAGGCACCCUCGAUCGUAAUCAGAGAAAGCUGGAGAUCUACAAGCCUGGUCGCGUCUGGGAAGCAGGAGGUUGGCUUUGUCGGCCUCCCUCUUCUAAACAUCGCAAUACGGAUCAGAUGACAAAUCAGCAACCUCACAUUGUCAAGGGUAACUGAAGUUCGCUCCGCGGUUAUUAUCCGCAUUUUUUUGGUCGCCGAUCGGUCAUUACAUUCAUCUUCGUCUCUAAGCGUUAAGCGCUGAAGACUUUCCAUGAUAUUUGAAAACAGCAUAGCAAUCGUUCUCAGCCAUCUUGCUAUGUUUCUCGCUAUUUGAUACCCAUCGGUUGUCGCGCGUCAACCAGAACGUUUUUUCUCUUUCCUUUGGGCUCGGUGUCUCACUGGUAAUGUACUUAGCACAACAAGCCAUACACGUACUUGCAUCACAUAUGUAUACUGCAUUCUUCCGAGAACAUUCAUACUCUCCAACUUGCAUCAUCCUAGCUCACAUUCCCACUUCAUUCCUACUUCCUCAUCCCCUACUUGCACCCAACUCCACAAGUUCUCAGCCCUUUAUAUGCUCUCAGCCGCGGCCCGCGUAGGGAACUCCGGUGGCCAUGAUGUUCAUAUUGAGCACGUUGACGGUGUUCGGAAGCGCCGCAAUAUGCACAACUGUCUCGGCGACGUGGAUUGGAUCAAAGGUGGGUUCGACUACCCUGCGCCCAUCUGGUUGUAGUGCACCAAGAGUGUGACCUGAUGCCAUGGAGGUAUGUGCAUUGCCGAUAUCAAUUUGAGUGACCGCAAUGUCGAAUUUGCGGCCUUCAAUCGCGCUAGCUUUGGUGAGACCUGAAAUAGCGUGUUUAGAGCACGCAUAUGCAAUCGAAUGUGGGCGAGGAACAUGGGCAGCGAGAGAGCCGUUGUUGAUGAUUCUACCUCCUGUUGGGUUCUGUGCCUUGAAAAGCUUGAAUGCUUCGCGAGUGCAGAGGAAGGAGGCAUUCAAGUUCACAUUGAUAACUGAAGAGAACAAAUCAUAUGACAUCUCGUCGAGCGGUGUUCCGUUGUCACUUAUGCCGGCAUUGUUGAACAAGAGGUCCAGCCUGCCGAGCUUAGUGACGACCUGGGAGAACAAAUCCUUGACGAAGGACUCGUCUGAGAUGCUGCCUGCCACGACGACGUGCUUGUCAGAGUUAGUGCAGGCCGUCUUGGUUUGCUCUAGUUCAGGUAGCCUUCGAGCUGUCAGAGCGAGUGUCCAUCCUGCUUCGGAGAGCUUAAUGGCAGUCAAGCGACCAAUGCCAGACGAAGCGCCGGUGAUGAGAGCAACUUUAGGGGCUGACAUAUCGGCUAGUAUGGCGAGAGGGACUGAAAGAACUUCAAGAAACAGUACGAUUGGGCAUUAACACGAAUGCAUGAUCCUCGUCCACCCACGAAACUCUUGGGAAAUCUUUCCACGAGAGAUCAGCCUGACUCGCACGAGGAAGGACGGAUGUCCGACGGGAGGUGCCACCGAAACCUCAGAUCUUCAGAGCAGGUGACCGGGAGACCAUCCUGUCAAU